AUGUCUAGCCUAGCAUCUGGGUCACUGUUCACAGGCCGAACAGCAGCCCCUCAGGAGCUAGGUCCUCCACAUAAACCCACUUCGUUAGUUGCAACGGCACUUGGACUGGAACGAACUCGCGCGCCUGCCAAAUACGCAGUCGGUGUCGAUUUCGGCACAACAAACUCGUCAGUUAGUUUCUCUGUAGCUCACAACCCGAGUGUCAUCCACACAGUCAACAAGUACCCCGAUACUCUUCGCGAUCAGCUUCAAGUCACGACUCAGCUCGCUUAUCUCAACUAUGCUGGACUUAUCGAUCUUGAUGAAGACAAAAUAGGAGCUCUGAGGUCUGGACGAGUUCCGCACAGAGAGCCAUACAGAACACGGCGUGACAGACGCCAGGCAUGGGGAUACGAGGCACAGAGUCUCUCCCGUUUGAACUUGGAUGAAGGCGCUGAACAAGGUUACAGGCCUAAAGGACACAUCCUGAGGCCGAAGCUCAUCUUCAGCAUGGGCCGAAAUGCAUCAGCGUCCAUUGCCUGGGAGGCCGUCGAGGAAUUGAAGACACGAAAGGUGAUUCGCAAACGCGAAGACGUGGUACGCGACAUCUUCGUGGAAUUACUGAAGCAUGCCAAAGCCUACCUGACGGAGUAUCACGGCUACCAGGAGGGAGACACAGUCGAACUAGGUGUCGGUAUCCCAGCUGAUUGGGACCGGAAUAACAUCAUGAAAUUCAGUGCUGUUGUUCACGAAGCUGCUACGUCUGUCCAGUUCGGCGGUGCUCCAUUCCUCGUGCACGAGCCUGAAGCGUACGCGAUUAACAUUGUUGAGUCCCAGCACUUUCUCCUCACGGAAGGUAGCAUAGUUGUCACGGUUGACGCUGGGGGCGGCAGUACGGACCUUUCAGCCUAUAGGCUAGCAUACUCGCAACCUCUACGACUUGAGAGUGAAGGUAUUGAGGUCGGGGCCGAGGAUCUCGAUGUGAGAUUCCUCGCAUUCAUGAAGAAAUGGCUCCAGAGCCAGCCCAGAUUCCUAGAAUUGGCUUCCAUGGAUGCAGAACGUGCAACAUAUGUAUACUUCAUGGACAAGUGGACCAACGAUCAUAAACGGAACUUCUCGCUCGCAGAUCGCGGGAAGGGUAAGACCUACACUUUCCGAGUCACGGGCCUGCAAGCUGCACCAUCCAACCCCCGCUUCAAGCAAAACCAACUGAGCCUUACGUUCGACGACAUGGAGCGCAUAUUUGACCCAUCUCUCCGCGCGGUCCGCAAAAAGGCGAAGUCAUACAUCGCUAAUGUGUUGAGUACCAUGGGCAAGGUUGACCAGGUAAUCCUUGUCGGUGGCUUUGGAGAUUCCCCUGCUUUGCAGGAAGUCCUCAGAGACAUGCUCAAAGAAUUUCAGAGUAGCGGAGAGUCCAACAUAGAAUUUUGUACCUUCCGACACAGUGGCGGCGGCGUCACAGGCGUGAGCAAAGGUAUUGUCAGACGUAUUCAGAACAAGUCCAAUGGUCCAGCGCGAGUCAUUCAACGCAGCAUCGGAGUUCUCACAGAUAUCCCUUAUGGGGAAUUCGAAAGAUACCCCGAAGACAUCUUCAAAGACCAGAAGCUGACGGUCUCUGAGUAUGAUGGAGGCCAAUACAUCACUGAAGCUAUCGUCUGGUGGCUCAAGGUGGACAUGGGCGAGCUACGUCCGCUACACCGCGUGUGCUACCGCACAAAGUUUGUGUGUCCUCUCAACGGUAACAACAAUCGAGGAGGCUGGGAAGCGUCCCAACACCUCGUCUCUUCCUUCACUUGUACCAAAGACUACUAUCAGAGACAUCACAAGAACAACAGAGGAAAGACAGACGAUGAAGGGAAGUUCUUCUUCGACCUGACGCAAUACAUGACCACCGCGUUUGAGGUUGUGACUCCGGACGAGUCAGUUACCAAGACACACUACGCUAUUGAGCUCUUGAUGUGUUUGGAGUUGAAUGGGAGUAAUGUCGACAUGAUGGCUAGGUAUCCUGCCAACGAAGACGGCGAACUGAUAUACAAAUCAGGGCACCAACUGCAACCGAUCUACAUGGCGGGUGCUUUUGGACCUGGAAUGUAA